GCGGAUAUGGUGAAUGCGGGGUCCGGGGGAGACCGGAUAUAUGGUGAAUGGUGAUAUGGUGACGGAUAUGGUGAAUGCGGGGUCCGGGGGAGACCGGAUAUGGUGAAUGCGGGGUCCGGGGGGGAGACCGGAUAUGGUGAAUGCGGGGUCCGGGGAGAGAGCGGAUAUGGUGAAUGCGGGGUCCGGGGGAGACCGGAUAUGGUGAAUGCGGGGUCCGGGGGAGACCGGAUAUAGUGAAUGCAGGGUCUGGGGAGAGCAGAUAUCAUGAAUGCAGGGUCCUGAG